UCCUCAGCAACCUGGAUACCUGGAUACGGAAAGAAAGAGAAGGAGUGAGGGAGAAGAGAGAGAGAGAGAGAGAGAGAGAGAGAGAGAGAGAAAUCCCUGCGUUUCACCCGGUCAGGUCAGGAACGGAGCGACGACGGAGUCCUCGCGACGCGCACGGUAAGAACCCGGACCGGUGCGAUCACUGAUCACGGAGCUGUUCAUCAGAACCGAUAAGCGGCUUUAUUAUAAUGAGGAGACUGAAGUGAUGUAAACAGGAUCCGCCUUCCUGCGGAGUUCGGACUAAAACACAAGAUGAGUAUUAGCUAGCCAGCUGAACAGAAGACACUUGAGUCCCACCUGCAGUCAUGAAUGGUGGGUUUAAUAUUUGGGCCAUAACCCCAGAAGAGAGAGGGAAGCAUGACAAACAGUUUGACUCCCUUACUCCCACCCUGGGAUACGUGUCAGGAGAUCAAGCACGCAAUUUCUUUCUGCAGUCUGGACUUCCUGCUUCAGUACUGGCUGAGAUCUGGGCAUUAGCUGACAUGGGGAAAGAUGGAAGGAUGGAUCGUUUGGAGUUCUCUAUUGCCAUGAAACUGAUUAAGCUGCAGCUCCAGGGUCAUCCCCUCCCUCCAGCUCUGCCAGUCAUUAUGAAGCAGACCCCGGCCCCUGUUAUGACCUCAUCAUCACGCUUUGGUAUGGGCUCAAUGCCAAACCUGUCCAUCAUGCCAACAAUGCCCAUGCUGACCCCGAUGCCCGUCGGCUCCUCUGUGACCUCCAUGACCUCUCUGACCUCCAUGCCAGCUGUGCAACCUCUGCUGCCGCUGAUCCCUGACUCGCUCAACAUGUCGUCCUUACCCAAUGGCACUGCCAUGCUUCUAACACCAGCCCCAGGUUUGAGUAAAUCUCACUCCCUCUUGGACUUGGCUUCCAGCAGCUCAAACUCCUCUUCCACCACUUCUCUGGCAAGCAACUCCCCCAAAACCGGAACGUCCGAUUGGGCGGUGCCUCAGUCGUCCCGCCUCAAAUACCGGCAGCAGUUCAACAUUCUGGACAAACUUAUGACCGGAUACCUGUCAGGUCCACAGGUUCGAAACGCUCUCGCUGCUUCCAAUCUCACCCAGACCCAACUUGCCACCAUUUGGACUCUGGCGGACGUGGAUCGUGACGGUCAGUUGCGUGCAGACGAGUUUAUUUUGGCAAUGCACCUUGUAGACAUGGCCAAAACGGGCCGUCCGUUACCCCUGACCCUACCUGCAGAUCUUAUGCCCCCGUCUUUCAGAACAGGGAAAUCAUGUGACCUACCAAAUGGGUCCAUUCCUCUACUCAGCACUGAGCUCAUCGAACCAGAGCCUGCACACAAGUGUAAAAACAAUGUGUCAUUUGAGGAUAAACUGCGGGAAAACUUCCAGCGAGGUAGCUUGGAGCUGGAGAAGCGACGUCAAGCCCUGCAGGAGGAGCAGCGGCGUGAGCAGGAGAGACGGAGAGAGGAGGAGCGAAGGGAGGAAGAGAGGAGGAGGCUAAGAGAGAGGGAGGAGCAGGAGCGGAGAGAAAGAGAGGCUCUGCGUAGACAGAAAGAGGAGGAGCAACGCAUGGAGAGGCAGAGAGAGAUGGAAAGACGGAGGGAGGAGGAGAGGCUGAAGGAGAUGGAGAGACAGGAGGCUGCAGAGCGACAGAGGCGAGUGGAGUGGGAGAGGACUAAGCUGUUGGAGCUACAGGCUCAGAAUGAAAAAGAGAAAAGAGAUAUUGAGAGACUCACAGCCAGAAAGAGGAGUUUGGAGCUGGAGCUGGAGGCUGUGGGUAACAGGCACAAGCAAAUCUCAAACUGUCUGCGUGAUGCCCAGAGCAAGAGGAGGGUAAAGAGGGCAGAGCUGGAGCUCAUUAAUCAGAAGAGAGAUGGAAGUAUUGCUGACAUCAACUCUCUACAGCUACAGUUUGAGGAUGUUCAAAGACAGCUGAGCAGCCUGGCUCCAGAGAAACAGAGACUGACGGAAAAAUUAAGAGACCUCACGCAGACUAAUGCUAGCUGUGCAGAAGUGAACAAUGUCAAGAGGAAUAAGUGUGAGAAGGAUCUGAGCUGCCGGAAGCUAAAGGAGCAGUUGGACGCUCUGGAGAGAGAGACCACGGCCAAGCUGUCUGAGGUGGAGCGCUAUAACAGGGACAUGAAGGAGCUGAGAGAACGGCAGCAGCAGCAGCAGGCUGUGCUGGAGCAACUCAACCGGGUAAAAUUAGAGAAAGUGAAGGAGCUGCAGCGACGGAGGGAGGAAGAAGAGGAGAAAAGGAGAAGAGAUGAAGAAUUGGCCAGACAGGCAAAGCUGGAGCAGGAACGGCUGCAGGAGGAGCAGGAACGACUGCAGGAGGAAGAGGCCGAGCGCCAGAGGAGGCUUGCUCAGGAAAAAGAAGCCAAACUCAGAGAGGAGCAGCAACUCCAGGCCCAGGCCAGACUCCGUGAGUUGCAAGAGAAGGCUGCAAAGCAAGAAAGGGAGGAGAGAGAGGCUGAGGAGAGGAGGAGAGCAGAAGAGAAGGAGAGGGAGGAGAAGAAAAAAUCAGAAGAGAAAGAGAAGGAAGAGAAAAGAAAAGCUGAAGAGAAAGACGGCAAGGAAAAGGGGGUUGAUGGAAUUAAUGAACAAAAUCCUGUGAGCAGCAUAAGCACUGAUAUUCAGUCGCAACUCUCGACCCUGUUCAACAGUACAUCAAAUACAACAGGUGCAAGUGUACAACCAACAAGUUUCGAUCUUCAGGGCAAAAAGAGAAUGCUGAGCACCUACAGAGCACUGUAUUCCUUCACUGCCCGCAACUCUGAUGAACUGUCAUUGGAAGCAGAUUGCCUCAUAGAGGUAGACGAGUCCACAGUUAGGGAGCCUGGUUGGCUGUAUGGUACAUACCAAGGCAGCAGUGGUUGGUUUCCCGAGAGUUAUGCUGAGAAAACCUGUAAAAACAACGAGACAACAGAUGCUACACAAAAUACAGUGACCUCUACCAACUACUUCAGGAUCCCUCGUGUGGAUAUAGAAGGACCAACACCCACACACACUCCUGCAGCAACACACACACAACACACACAGGCUUUAGCUCUGUGUGCAUGGACAGCUACGACUGACACUCAGCUCGGCUUCUCUAAGGAUGACAUCAUCACGGUUCUGGAACAACAGGAGAACUGGUGGUAUGGGGAACUUGGGGAGAACCAAGGCUGGUUCCCCAAAACCCAUGUCUCCAUGAUGACUGCCAACAACACACUGACAGAGCCUUUAUAUUCUACUGUUGAUGAGCUGGACCUGGCUGACUCUGUUCUGCUUGAAGAAUAUGUGGCUCUUUACACGUACGAGAGUCCCGAGUCAGGUGACCUGACAUUCCGAGCUGAAGAUGUUGUCUUGGUAAUGGAAAAAGAGGGGGAGUGGUGGAAGGGCUGCAUCGGUGACCAAUCAGGACUCUUCCCUUCCAACUACGUCAAACCCAAAGACACUGACUCUGCCAAAUCUGGUGCUUCUGGGAAAAAGCCAGAGAUUGCACAGGUAACGACAGCCUGUAAGGCCAUGAUGGCAGAACAGCUGAAUGUGACUCCAGGACAGCUGAUCCUCGUUCUUCAUAAGAACUCCUGUGGCUGGUGGUUGGGAGAAUUGCAGGCUCGGGGUAAGAAGCGUCAAAAAGGCUGGUUUCACUCCUCAAAUGUCAGACUGCUGGAGCCCAACAGUGGUAAAACCACUCCUGCGCCCCAGCCAUUGUGCCAAGUCAUUGCCAUGUACGACUACAAAGCAGCCAAUGGGGACGAGAUGACAUUCCAGAAAGGUCAGCUGAUCAACGUCCUCAACAAGGACGAGUCCGAUUGGUGGAAAGGAGAAAUCAAUGGAGUCACUGGUCUCUUCCCGACCAAUUAUGUCAAGAUGACUACAGAGUCCGACCCCAGCCAGCAAUGGUGUGCAGACCUUUUGAGCUUAGACUCCAUGAGUUGUGAGGAGAGAAAGAGGCAGGGCUACAUCCAUGAACUCAUCGAGACGGAGCAGACAUAUGUACAGGAUCUGGAGCUGGUGCUUGAGGUGUUCUACAAACCCAUGACUGAGUCAGGACGCUUGACUGAGGCUGAGAUGAGUGUGAUCUUUGUGAACUGGAGAGAGCUGAUCAUGUGCAACAUCAAACUGCUCAAAGCCCUGCGUGUACGUAAGAAGACGGCAGGCGAGCGCAUGCCGGUGCAGGUGAUCGGAGACAUCCUGUCCUCUGAGCUUUCACACAUGCAGCCCUACAUCCGCUUCUGCAGCUGCCAACUGAACGCAGCCGCCCUGCUGCAACAGAAAACCGACGCCUCGCCUGAAUUCAAGCUCUUCCUAAAGAAAAUUGCCACUAAUUACAGAUGUAAAGGAAUGCCGUUGUCCAGCUUCCUGCUGAAGCCCAUGCAGAGGAUCACACGGUACCCUUUACUCAUCAAAAAUAUUUUGGAAAACACUCCAGUAGGACAUGUGGACCAGGUAAACCUUCGGGAAGCGCUGGAGAGGGCGGAGCUUCUGUGCUCCCAGGUUAACGAGGGAGUGAGGGAGAAGGAAAACUCAGACAGACUCGAGUGGCUGCAGAACCAUGUGCAGUGUGAGGGGGUCAUUGAGCAUUUGGUCUUUAACUCUCUGACGAACUGCCUGGGUCCUCGCAAGCUGCUGCACAGUGGCCAUGUGUCGAAGGCUAAAAGCAACAAGGAGCUCUGGGCCUUCCUGUUCAGCGACUUCCUGCUCUUCACCUACAUCUCCAAACAGUUCUCCUCAAACACAGACCGACUCUUCAGCCCCAAGUCCAACACCAUCUACAAGAUGUACAAAACGCCUGUGUUUUUGAAUGAAGUGUUGGUGAAAAUGCCGUCUGAUCCGUCCAGCGAAGACCCAGUCUUUCACAUCUCGCACAUUGACCGUGUGUACACACUGAAAGCUGACAGCAUCAAUGAGAGAACAACAUGGGUCCAGAGAAUCAAGGCAGCAUCAGAGCACUUUAUAGAGACAGAGAAGCUGAAAAGAGAGAAGGCUUACCAAGCUCGCUCUCAAAAGACAAGCGGUAUUGGACGUUUGUUAGUAACAGCUCAGGAGGCUGUUGAGUUAAAACCCUGCAAGCCUAAUGGUAAGAGCAACCCGUACUGUGAGCUGUCUAUGGGAGCACAGUGCUACACCUCACGGCCACAGAACGACACCGUCAACCCGAAAUGGAACUUUAGCUGUCAAUUCUUCAUCAAAGACCUGUAUCAGGACGUCCUGUGCAUCACCGUGUUCGAGCGGGAUCAGUUCUCUCCUGACGACUUUCUGGGUCGCACCGAGGUUCCUGUUGCCACCAUUAAAAAAGAUCAGGAAGGCAAAGGUCCGCUGACUCGGCGUCUGCUGCUCCACGAGGUCCCCACCGGAGAGGUCAGAGUUCGCCUCGACCUGCAGCUUUACGAGCAAACGCCGCUCCUCUGACCUCGAGCCUCGCAUUUGCAGAACGAAACCUUCUUAUCUAUGAAUAUUUUUUCCUAUUUAGAAAAAGGCCAAUUGUACCUCUAGAGGAACAGAGGAAUGGAGACGAGACAAAUUCCUCUUGUGUCUUUGUGGAACAGGAGAUUCAGACUCUGUAGUUUAGUAAAACGUCUACAGGCCAAAGUUUAUUCAACUCAAGUUCAUCCUCUUACUCAGCGUGAGGUCGAUGCAUGACGACGUAAAAGAUCUCAUCCUACAGUCCAUCGAGCUAACCUACGUAGCAAGGUUGCUUUUCUUAUUAUUAUUUUAUAGUCACGGGAUAAGAUAUGGUUUUGAGUGUGGAGAACUCAGCCUUAGCCAAACCAAAUAAAGACAAAUGAAAAAAACA